GAAAAAUUCAAUCUCGAUAAAUCAGAUGUUCAGAUGUUCAGUAUUUCCUUGAUAGUAUUUUUUUUUUCCUUUUAUUUAUGGUAAAUAUGUCAGUUAUGAAACGCCAUUAGCUGUGAUAUAAGCUAACAUUAAUAACAUCCAGCUUCACUCAGUGUUCUCCAGUUGUUCUGAGUUAUGGAGGCUUAGCCAUAAGCCGGCAGCCUAAAUCGGCUCUGGGAGAGGCGGCCGGUCCGUGCAGGCGUAUAAAGACGCUGCCAGGCGAAGAACAAGGAGAAGAACCAGGAGAAAAGAGACACUGUGAGAAGAAAGAAGGUUCCUUCUUUGUCUCACAGCUGCUUUUCACUUCUGUGAUUUCAGUGACUAACCAACAGAAACAGUCAGGAAGAUGAACUCCACAGCAGCUGCAGCAGCUGCAGCAGCAGCAGCAGCUGCAGGCGCCAAGCCGACGCCGCCAGAGCUGCAGCAGAAGGAGAGCCGGCAGUUCAAGAGCAAAGCCCCCAAACGAGGACAGAAAGGAAUCAACAGCCACGACCCAGCCAUGGAGGGCCUGGAUGACGCUGCAGUGGUUUGUCCCUGGGAGGAAUUCGGAGACGUGGAGCUGAGCGAACUGGCCCAGUUUGGAACCGUUUAGACCCGAGGAAGACUUCCUGCUGUUCCUGCUCCCCUUCAUCCUGAGGAUGAGGAGCAGAAACAUGUCAGAUCUACAAGCAGAACAAUAAAACAUGAAGAUUCAUUCAUGGAGUCACACAUGAACAUAAAUGUUUGUGACCAUCUGUGACAGGAAGAAAACUUUACUGUUCAGAGCCUCACCACUUCCUGAUAGUGGAUGCAGCUGCUUCCAAUGAAAAUACAUGAUAUUAUAUUAAAAUCUGUCUGUUUGUAGAGAGGAUUAUUAAAAUCUGAUGGAUGUGUUGUACGAUGUCAUAAAAUAAGGAAACAAGCUGCAUUUAAUGUUCUCAGUCAUUCUGCUGUAUUUCACACAAAAGCACGGAAAUUUGUCCAAGUUCGCAAUUUUAAAUAAAAUUAUUUUAAUCACUGAA